AAUCUUUGAAGGGCAGUGUAGUCAUUGACAAAAACCAAACCUAUGGUUAAUGCGAUGAAGAAGGCUAUGCCAGGGGCAUGACUGUCAUAAAACAACACAAAAGAUUAGUUGAAAACUCUGCCCUCCAUAUAUAAGCAGCAAUUCUUUUUCCAUCAUCAAGGCGCUCGCGGCAAUCUUUUGUGUGGAAGAAGUCGAAAGGGGGUGUCUUUUCUUCUUCUUUGUUUCUCUUCUCUGUUUAUUGGAUCUCUCUUCUCAUUUUUAUCGAGGAAUACCAUAUCUCCAUAAAGCUUCAAACUUCAAUAUUGUAAGACUGUAUGAUAUAAUGGAGUCCAAAGGUGGAAAGAAGUCUAGUAGUAGUAGUAGUAAGACAGUGUUCUAUGAAGCCCCUCUUGGUUAUAGCAUUGAAGACGUUCGACCAAACGGUGGAAUCAAGAAGUUCAGAUCAGCUGCUUAUUCCAACUGCGCCCGGAAACCAUCCUGAUAUUUCUUCACUAGUGUUCUGAUCACGUCUUGAGGCGUGCUGCUACUAAAACUAUUAACUGUUCUAUUACCUAUUAUAUUUUCUCUGUCCCUUUUAAGUAAAACUAAAACCCACAUUUCCAUUCUCCUUUCUCUUUCUGUCGCCUUCUCUUACCCCCUUUUUAGCAAAUCUGUCUUUAUUGAACCUCUUUCUGGCUUAAAAAGAUCCAUUUUUAGAAAUGGCCAUGUCUGUCUCUGCAAUUGGUUUUGAAGGAUAUGAGAAGAGGCUUGAGAUUUCAUUUUUCACGCAUCCUGAAGGAAAAGGCCUUAGAUCCCUUUCCAAAUCCCAGCUAGACGAGUUCCUUGGACCCGCUGAGUGCACAAUAGUUUCUUCACUGUCAAACGAGUUUGUAGACUCUUACGUCCUGUCGGAGUCGAGCCUUUUCAUUUAUCCCGACAAGAUAAUCAUCAAAACCUGUGGGACCACCAAAUUGCUCCUAGCGAUCCCGCCUAUCCUGAAGUUGGCGGGGUCACUCUCUCUUGAAGUACAAUAUGUGAGGUACUCCCGUGGCAGCUUCAUCUUCCCGGAAGCUCAGUCAUACCCUCACCGUUUCUUCUCAGAAGAAGUUGCCAUUCUGGAAGGCUUUUUCGGAAACCUCAGCUCGGGAAGUAAGGCUUACAUCAUGGGAGGCUCCAACAAGCCACAGAAGUGGCACGUUUACCAUGCUUCGGCUUCUUCUUCUCCCACUUCCAAGUCCAAGAGCAGCCACCCUGUUUACACCCUGGAAAUGUGCAUGACCGGUUUGGACAGAAAAAAGGCUUCUGUGUUUUAUAAACACGAUGCCAGCUCAGCAGCGAGGAUGACCGUUGAAUCUGGAAUCCGGAAGAUCCUACCUCAGUCCAAUAUAUGUGACUUUGAGUUUGACCCUUGUGGAUACUCCAUGAAUUCUAUUGAAGGAACUGCCCACUCCACAAUCCACGUCACUCCGGAAGAUGGAUUUAGCUAUGCUAGCUUUGAAGCUUCGGGAUAUGACCUCAAAGCUAUGAAUCUCACAGCUUUGGUUAAAAGGGUUUUGGCAUGUUUCAUGCCCAGAGAGUUUUCUAUAGCCAUUUAUGCUGAUGCUCUUCCCGGCAAGGUGCUCGAAACAGUUUGUUCGGUGGACUUGAAUGGUUACUUUCUUGGUGAGAGAUGCAAUGGAGAGUUCGGAAGUGGUAGUUCCAUUGUCUACCAGAAGUUUGUUAGGGAUUAUGCUUACCGUUCAUCCAGGCCUGUGUUGAAAGGAUGCUCCUUGUAAACGAAGUAAGCUGAAGAAGAAGAAGAGGUGGAGUUAUACCUUGGUUGUUUUUCGUGGUACUCUUUUAUGUUGUCUUUGUUUAUAAUAUUAUUUUCUACUUGAACAGAGUCUUGUUUAUCGUUUGUUUACACUCUGGCUUCUAUAUUUGUUUUGUUUGUUCAAACCCAUGGGCCUAGCCUGUCAAUGGAUCAUGGGCUUGUAUACCUGUUCUGGGCUUGUUGUUGUGACUGAGCAAAUCAAAAGUUUCCCGUGAUGUUGACUGUUACUUUGAUUUGAUGAGCUGAUGUGUAAUUAUUUAUACAUUUACCUCAGUGGACAACGUUUAAAAAAAUGAGUAUUGAUAUUAAAUUAUAAA